AUGGAUAACCUUGGCACUAGCCCUCCUGAUGCUCCGCAAGAGAUCCAGCCUCAAGACAUGGAUAACUUUAUCACUAGCCCUCCUGAUGCUCUGCAAGAGAUCCAGCCUCAAGACAUGGAUAACCUUGGCACUAGCCUUCCUGAUGCUCUGCAAGAGAUCCAGCCUCAAGACAUGGAUAACUUUGUCACUAGACCUCCUGAUGCUCUGCAAGAGAUCCAGCCUCAAGACAUGGAUAACCUUGGCACUAGCCCUCCUGAUGCUCUGCAAGAGAUCCAGCCUCAAGACAUGGCUAACCUUGGCACUAGCCCUCCUGAUGCUCAGCAAGAGAUCCAGCCUCAAGAUAUGGAUAACCUUGUCACUAGCCCUCCUGAUGCUCUGCAAGAGAUCCAGCCUCAAGACAUGGAUAACCUUGGCACUAGCCCUCCUGAUGCUCUGCAAGAAACCCAGCCUCAAGACAUGGAUAACCUUGGCACUAGCCCUCCUGAUGCUCUGCAAGAAACCCAGCCUCAAGACAUGGAUAACCUUGGCACUAGCCCUCCUGAUGCUCUGCAAGAAACCCAGCCUCAAGACAUGGAUAACCUUGGCACUAGCCCUCCUGAUGCUCAGCAAGAGGCCCAUCCUCAAGACAUGGAUAACCUUGGCACUAGCCCUCUUGAUGCUCAGCAAGAGGCCCAUCCUCAAGACAUGGAUAACCUUGGCACUAGCCCUCCUGAUGCUCAGCAAGAGACCCAGCCUCAAGACAUGGAUAACCUUGGCACUAGCCCUCCUGAUGCUCAGCAAGAAACCCAGCCUCAGACUAUGGACGCCCAUAGCGUUAUCCGUUCUGCUGCUAAGGAAGAGCCCAGGGCUCAGGCUAGGGACACCCGCAGUGUCAACCGUCCUACUCUUAUGCAAGAGACCAAGCCUCAGGCCAGAGAUGCCCGUAGUGUCAGCCGUCCUAUUGCUAUGCAAGAGAACAAGCCUCAUGCCAUGGACGCCCUUGACAUCAGCACUCCUGAUGCUCAGGAAGAGACCCAGUCUCAAACUAUGGACGCCUGUAUCGUCAAGCCAUCCUGCCGCUAA